UGGUUUUGCUCAAAAACUGUCGCGCGAUCUUUAGCUAAUCAGAGACGCUGUUUCAACGAGAACGUUCCGUCGAGGUUUUCUUUCAUAAGACGCGAUACACAAUGGUCCAAUCGCCUUGGUCGAUUUGUCAACUUGACCAAUGUGGCACCUACGUCAAAAAAAAGAUAUCGCUAACCUAAUUUCUAGACGCGCUGCCGAGUUGUGAUAAAUAAAAUUUUGUUGAAAAAUUUUAACAUAUUAUGUCUUAGUGAAAUUGAAAUUUUGUUAUUCGAAAUACUUGUAACACGAACACUGUGGUUGAGUCAUAGCUAUGUUUAUAUGCGGUAGACAAAAAUGAAUAUAUCAUUGUUCCUUUUCGGAAUUGUCUAUUUUUUGAACGUGGUUGGAUUUUCGUACGCGUGGGACGACGAUGACUUGGAAGUGUUCGACGUGGUCGAAGAGGUCAAUCAAAAUUUCUACGAUGUGUUGGGCGUUACACAGACUGUGAACGCGUCGGAGAUCAAGAAAGCUUUUAGACGAUUGUCGUUGCAAUUGCAUCCGGAUAAAAAUCCCGCAGCGGAUGCCGAACAACAAUUUCGAAAGUUAGUUGCCGUUUAUGAUAUUUUAAAAGAUUCCGGAAAGCGACAAAAGUACGACAAUGUUCUUGUCAAUGGUCUACCAAAUUGGCGAUCAGCUGUGUAUUAUUACCGUCACGCGCGUAAAUUGGGAUUACUUGAAAUAAGCGGUCUUCUGUUUGUAGUAAUCACGAUAGGGCAAUAUAUUGUGGCAUGGGCGGCUUACUACGAGAAACGACAGACUUGUGUGCAAGUUUUAGGUAGCAAACUUCAAAAGUUGCAAAAGAAAAGUAAGAAGAGCAAAAUGGAUGUUCCAGAUUUAGCUGAUUUCUUGGAAAAAAUUCCCACACCAACCAUGUGGAACACUCUUCCAUUUCAGUUACCAAGAUGGAUAAUAGGUUCGAUAAUAGCUAUACCGUCUACUGUGCGAUUUAUCGCGCAGGUCUUGAAAGAAAGAAAGGAGAGAAUAAGACAGGAGGAAGAAGAGGCGUUGGCGCAAGAAAAUGAGCAACCUGAACCUGAGGUAACUUCACGCGGACUCAGGAAACGCAGGUCCGGCUUCACACCGCAAGAAAGAAAUAGCAGUGGCAAUUUCAAAGAAACUACAAAAAAAGAAGACUGCGAUUACACAAAUCACGUCCACGAAAAGCAAGCGGUAUCUGGCGGAUUGUGGACUGAUAACGACAUAUUAGAAUUAAUAAAGUAUGUAAAGAAGUAUCCCGGCGGGACUCCAGAACGAUGGGAGAAAAUCGCGAGCGUUAUGAAUCGCACUGUUGCAGAAGUUACGCACAUGGCCAAAAAGAUAAAAGACGAAGGCUUAAAGCCUGGUGAACCAAUAGAGGAAGUUGGUGCGGAAGACAAGCCAAAGAAGAUUAAGACUCGCGGUGAGGUCAAUACAGUCAACGGUAGUGACUGGAGUCAAGAACAACAAAGGGCGUUAGAAGCAGCCCUCACUAAAUAUCCUAAAGGUGCAUCGAUAGACAGGUGGGAGAAAAUCGCAAAUUGCGUCGAGGGCAAGACGAAGGAGGAAUGCCAAAUGCGUUACAGACAAUUGGUGGAAUUAGUAAAAAAGAAGCAACAAACACAGUAGUUCUUUUCGAAUAUAUAUUAAAAAAACGUUUUGAUUGUUUGGUGCAUUUUUAAUAUAUAUAUAUAGCCAAGAAACAUUUUAAUAGUCCUGUGAAAAAUAUUAUUAUAAAUUAUGUCCUGAGAGUGCGAGAGCAAAGAAAGUGAUAUAUAUAUAUAUAUUUCGUGAUUACAAAAUAUCAAUUUGUCCCUUUCACAAAAACUUGUAAAUUUCUUACAUACAGAUUAUUUUAUACAAAAUGGUAUUUCAGCUGUGUUAUAAGAUAUGUGUACAUCUAUAUAUUUAUAUGCGUCCGUAACAGACUCGCGCGCGCGAUUUACUUAUAACAUAAAAGUAUUUAAAAA